AUGGGACUUGUCGAUUACUCGGAUUCGGACGAUUCAGAUGUCGCAGAGGUCACUGCGCCCAAGCAAUCAUCAUCAACAUCUACAACCAGCAGACCAGCAUUUCAAAAAGUUGUCGAUAGAUCAAAUCCUGGCAAAAUUCGAGUUUCAUUACCACAAACAUCUAAGGAUGAUACCAAAAUCGAUGAACCACCAACUAAGCGCGCAAAGACUGGUGGUGGAGCUUUCAGUGGAUUCAAUUCAUUCUUACCAGCUCCGAAAAGAACAGGACAAUCUACAAAUGCGACAUUAGGUGGUGGAAAUGCGGCACGAAAGAGUGGUUUAGGAAUUGGAGUUAGUUUAAAGACUGGAGCUACUCCUGCUUUUAGUCGAGAACCGGAGCCUGUGAGAGAAUACACGGAAGAGCCUGCAGGAGAUGAAGAGGCAGGUACUGAAUCUGGAAUGAAUUUACCUCCUCCAAGCUCCUUGGUUGAUGAACAGAAACCGGCAGAUGAAGUCAAAUUAGUUGGAAAACCAUUAAUGUUCAAACCAUUAUCUGUCGCAAGAAAACCAGCAAAAAAGAAGCUUCAAAAAUCAAGCCUAAAUAUAUCUACAUCUACAUCUACACCUACUUCUACUUUAACACCACAAAUCAGCACACCAUCCACUCCACAGAAUUCUGGGAAAGCAACUCCAAAACCAAAAGUAUCAUUAUUCUCCCUCGAAGUAGAAUCAGCCAACACAACUCCAAUCACCACUUCUAAUGGAGAAUACAAACCAAUGCUUUACCAACCAGUCUCCGACCAAGAACCAACCUACGAAGAAUACACUCCCACAACCACACAUACUCUUCCAUUCGCCCCUACUCCCCCAGUCAACACCCAUAACACCGAAUCCUUAUCGUCAAUAGCUGAUACUCUUCACCUGUCUGCCGCUGAACGUCGCCAACUAUUUGGGCGUCAAAAAGGUGGCUCUGGUCUACAGGCAGCAACUAAAAUCAUAAAUUUCAACACAGAUCAAGAAUACGCACAUAAUGAAGAAUUACGCGCAUCAGGUGAACAAGUGGUACAUAAUCCAGUUAGAGCUAUUGCUCCUGGUAAACAUAGUUUGAAACAAUUGGUUGGGGCGGCGCAGAGUCAAAAGGAAGCGUUGGAGGAAAGUUUUGCGACGGGAAGGAAUAAUAGGAAGGAAGCUGGUAGUAAAUAUGGGUGGUAG